AUGCAGCACAUCAGCCACUGGCUGAUUGACAAUCUUCUCUGUCUACGGAUAGGGUCUGGUCAAAUAUGCCCUCGCCCGCCCCCUCCCUCCAGGUAUCCGUCAUCGCCUCCUAAACCCUGGUUUCUUUGCUGUCCGUAUCUUUCUACACUGUUUGACUUCGGAACUAUACCCGUCGACAGCAAUUGGACCGGAAUCAUGGCUUUCGACCGAUCCCGUUCUCCAUCCCAUCCACCAUGUCGCACCCAUCCUGAUCCCUCAUCAUCUCUUCUCGGUAAUCAAAUCUGUCUUUCAGGAGGCCAAUGUAGCUCCUGCGAGGACCCAGGGUUUGAGUUUAUUUCCGCAGCACCAACUCGAGAUCACCUCCAAGGCGGCCUGCUGCUGGAGCCUGCCAUCCCAUGUUUAAAUCAAAUGGCUCAGUCAGGUCAUCCCGGCUCAGCCCUGCUGGUUGAGGCACGAUACACGUCCCUGUCUCUUUAUGACGUACCACUGUCGGAGCAGACACCCUUCUUGGCUCCCACCAACGACUACCAUUUCCAUCAGCAGUGGGCUGGGCAGGGUUACCAGACUUUUGAGCCAGUAUUUUCUCUCGGCAACUCUGCAGGACCGACGGACUCGAUUCAUUGGGAGAGGGAACGACCGAGCCAUCAGGCGUCAGAGGCGGCCAUAACGACGACCCCGGGUUACUCGGCUGUCAGCUGGGCGCCGUGGUCCGAAGACUGGUCCUGGUACCAAGAGCUUCAGCAAAAUCUCCAGCAAUCACAACCGGUCGUCUUCAGCCAGCCGCCACAAUGUCCAACACCGGCUGCCUCCCCCCUUGCCAUGGACGCAGCUUGGCAUCCUGCUACCAGCGGUCAAACCCGGCCAGAGCCAGACUCUAGGACCACCACAACGAAGAAAAAAGUAACGAUGUCGGUAAAAGAACCAUUGGAACCGCAUAGUUCGUCGACGGCCCAACACUGCGCCAAGAGGGCACGCGUUGAAGCUGGCAGCGAACCCUCUCCCGUCACCCCGAUUUCGUGUGUCAAAGGCGAUAACAAGGGCGAAGACAGCGACAUUUCUCGGGCGCUGCGAGGCCCGGAAAGGAAGAAGACAUAUCGCGUCAAGAAUCGAGCGGCCGCCAAGCGCUGCCGCGAGAAGACGACGCAGUACGAGAUGGACCUGGUCAACAAGGAGAAGCAGGUUACGCAGGAACGCGUGUACCUGGACUCUUGUGUGACAGCGCUCAAGAACGAGGUAACGUCACAUACCCACUUUCCGACCACCCCCCCAUUCCGACCACCCAAAAAAGAGGGCAUUCCCACCAACACCAGUAUGUUCAAUUAACUAUUAACUGCACCUAGAUGCCACCACAAUACAGCUUUCAGCUUCACUAGGUAAAUCAGACUCGCUGGAUCUAUCUGUAAUAUCCUCUUUUUCGCCAGCCUCAAUUUGGGCCUUCUGGAUGUCCUUGAUGUUGGCGAACUUGGUGUUUGGAUCCAGCUGGACUGCCCUCCUUUUUCUUACUGCAGUAUUGGCAACCUGGGCCUGCAGAAGCUCCAGCUUGUGCUGGGCAGCUGCCAACUGAUAAGCCUGCUCACUAAAGCCUUUUUUUACCUUCCUAAAUAGGAGGCGUUGAGUAGAAGCGUGAUUUUCCAGCUCUGUGAAUAGCUUCAGUUGGCCAGCCAGAUCCUUCAUCUUCUUUGGCGUUGACCAUGCCACUGCAGACGACGCAGAUACCCAUCCUUCAGCUUCUUUACUUCCAGCCUGCCCUUGGCUGCCCUUAGACUGCCCUUUGCAGGCCUGAUCUGAUGGCCCUGGUGUUGAUGGGAGCAGCAAUGGGCUCAUAAGGGGUUUGGCCACAGAGACAGGCCAUAGGCCAGUAUAUUUCCAACCACUUUAGAUGUUCUGCAUCGUCAAGCCUGCCAGACAAGCCUUCUAAUAACAGCCUAUAAAGUUUCUCUUGCCUACAAUAGUAGAAUCAUUCCACUAACUAAGGUAUCCAAGCUCCUUCCUAUAGGCUGCCUUUACAGGGCCAAAGACUGACUAGUCAAGUAGCUAAAGGACAUAGGAGGUGUGUGGAGGUAAGAAUAACAAGUGGAUGUUAUUAAUAUAGCAGAGCCACAUAAAUUCAGUCGUUGUAUGACUCCCAUGGCCAUCAGCAACCAGUAGUCUAGCCUCCUCCUUGCCCUAAGGGAGGGUCUAAGGGAUGAAGACCUUCUGCAGCCAUUCAACUGCAGUGUCGUCUGUAGUCCAUCCAUUUUCUGUUGCAGUAAACUGCCAUCCUUUAUAAGGGCCAAGAUCUAGAGGAAGCCACUGCUGCUAGACUAUCUUACCCUUAUAUAUAAUAAGGGGAUUCAGGGCAUAGCCUAUAGCAGAGAUGCAUUCGAUAAUAGACACCCAUGCCCUUAAUCCAGGCUGUUUCUUGCAGACAGACUUCAUCUCAGCCAUCCCCAGCACCAGCCCAUUAGAUCCCUAGCCCUCAAGGAUACCAGUCUCAUCCAUGUUAUAUCUAUUAGCUAGUUUAAUGCCCUUAAUCUCUAGUAUAGCGAGGAGUUUAAACCAGUCCCUAAUGACCUCAGUAGAUGCUCCAUUAACACGUCUAGAGUCAACAGGGCGACUUCUCUAGACCUUGAUUGAUAGGUUUCUUCUUUUAAAUCCUUAGAUCCAUUGCUUUCCUAGAGGAUCUAUAUCCCCCAUAGCAUAAAGGAUCCUUUCUGCGAAUACCUUCACUUGCUGAUAGGUUAGAGCAAGCCCAAGGGCAUGCUGGAUUCGCACCCAUUCAGCAAGCUUAGCCUCCUAAUCAAUAGAGAGCCUCUAGUAGUCUGCAAAGGCAAUAUCCCUUAGUUAGGUGCCAUGCAGACGGUCUCGGAGGGUAGUCUUUAGGAUGCCAUACUCAAUAGAUGCCUUCCUUAGACUCAUACCCUUUCCUACAGCCUCAAUAGCCUAAUUAAUCUCAUAUUCGGUAUACUGCCCCAUUGGGGUUAGAAUAAAGCGUAUGCAAAAAAUGAGGUGAUUUGGAU